CAUAACGAACCUGCUUUGGAUGUGUACCCUUCGCCGCUCCCUUCGUGGAGAGCUCCGUAGAAAUCGCAACACAAGCCGCCACCAACUUACUUACAAAGUUUUCGCCAAGUAGGAGUGUCUCAUCAUCGUUACGAGCGCUUGGUUUCGCACGGUGGAUCGACUGCACGGCCACAGCCACCGUAUUGCCAAUCGGUCCGAAUGUCAGGACUACACAUCGAUGGGAGCCAACGGUUGGGACGACUGUUCAUGCUGCUCGAGCCCCGUGGGCGAUCAGGUGAUGGGCAAACUUGCGGACGCAGAGCACUUGACCAUCCUUCCUGAUGGGACGCACAAGGCCGACCUAGUCUAUCCACGCUGAGGACAAUCUCCAACCGAGAUGUUCAGAUGGCUAGCAGCGCUACAGAAGUUGUUUCGAAUCGAGCACCGCUUGGAGAUGGGAGGAUUCUCACUAUGUCGAGGGUCCCCCCCAUUACGCAGUUCACCCCCUUCGCACCAUCAAACGAGCGUUUCGUGAGCCAAAAGGUGAUGUUCUGUUCGCCUUCGUGGAGUCUAGCGAGCGGCUCGUGCUCCCGCAAACGUGACACUGCGCUAUGCGGCGAUGCACUCUGUGCUUCAGCGGAGGUCCUUUCGCAUAAAAAGCUGAGCCCGCAAGGUCUCGCGGAUGGAUCCUCUGACGACCACUCCCCGCUACCUCUGCUGCACUGCUUACCCCUACCUCUCGAUCGUCCUCUCAACUCCGUUUGAACAUACAUCAACUCCAUCAGCAGCUCCUGAACGCCCUCCUUGCUAACAAUGGCUCGCAGCAUCCUCUUCGCGCUACUCACUGCGAGCAGCGCGCUCUUUACCCUCGUCUCCGCUGCGCCCUCUUCAGAUUACUCCGGCGGGCUCGUUUAUAGACGCGAGGUCAACUUCGGACACGAAGUCAACUGGGCCGAAACGCCGACCACGCACAACGCACGCACGCUCGAACGCCGCGCAGGCCUCGUCCCGCACGUCCCCAGCGCUAACAUCGUCCUCUCGCCCAACGGCGGCGCGUACCCGCGCGUCACCUCGCUCUCCGACGGCUCCCUCCUCGCGGUGUACACCGCGAGCUCGGGCGGGAACAAGACGCUCACCGUCGCGCGCUCGACCGACGGCGGGAGCACGUUCGGCGCGUGGGGCACGAUCGCGACGAGCCCCGGGGAUCUCGACAACGGGUUCCUGCUGCAGCUGCCGAACGGGAACGUCGUCGCGGCGUUCAGGAACCACGACAUGUCCGGCAGCGCGUACACGUACUACAGGCUCACCGCGUGCGUGUCUACGGACGGAGGCAGGACUUGGACUUUCUUGAGCCAGAUCGACCAGCGCGCUGCGACCGCGACGAACAAUGGUCUAUGGGAGCCUUUCUUGCGCCUGUCUUCCAGCAGCGCCCUCCAGGUUUACUAUGCAUCAGAGAAUUCUGGGAACGACCAGGAUAUCCUUGUACAGACCUCGACGGACAACGGUGCUACGUGGUCUGGAACGACGACGGUUGCUGGCGCCACGACUACCGGCCGCGAUGGUAUGCCCGGCUGUGCGCAGUUCCACGACGGCGCGACGAAGCUCAUGUGCGUCUUCGAGACCACCGAGGGUCACUCUGGCCUCUUCUCUGUGAAAAGCGUCGUCUCGACCGAUGAUGGCAAGACCUGGGGGACCACCCGUAGCGAGGUCUUCAACCCUUCCGGUAGCAACAACAACGCUGGUGCGCCGCAGCUCGUGGCGACGAGCGACGGCAAUCUCGUGGUCUCCUUCAUGACCGACGAGGACACGUCUGCGCACAGCUGGCCCAAAUCCGGGGUCGCGUUCAAGAUCGUGACUGGACCUCCAGUGGCGACCGGUAACUGGGGCCACAAGACGACUGUAACGGGUCCGCAGUCGGCGUGGCCGGGUCUGUACGCUAAGAGCGACGGAUCGGUGCUCGGGUGCGCGGGUGCGCCUGCGGGCUUGAUCUGCAAGGAUAUCACGUUCACGACGAGCUGAAUAAUGCGUCGCGUAGUGCGACCUCAUCACACCGACCCUGGUCAGUAGUACGAUCUACAACAUCAUCGACAAUGACGAGCGCAGAAAUGCAUGUGGCCAGUAUAAGAUAACACGAUCGUGCGACUUGAUGGUAGGAUGACUUUGUAAUAUGUACAGUACAACACUAGUCAUCACCAUAUGUGCAAUUAAUACAAUACGU